AUGCUUAGGGCUGUUCUGGACGCUCCUCAGCAGGUGCUGAAGAAAGGGAGAGAGUCUCGGCAGCUGGUGCUGGUGGUGGUGUUUGUCGCUCUGCUCCUGGACAACAUGCUGCUCACUGUGGUGGUACCCAUUGUGCCCACCUUCCUGCUUGCCGCAGAGUUGAAAGAAGCCAACUCUUCCCUACACACCCGCCGUCCUCUAAGCUCCCGGCAGGCUCUUGCCUCUCCUACGUUCUCCACCAGCUUCUCCUACUUUGACAACACCACCAUGGCUGUGGAAGAAAGUGCACCCAGAAGCACAGCAUGGACAAAUGGCUCUUCCAGGGCCACCUCCCCUCCAGUCAUGGAAUCCAGCUCAGUAAAUAAAGCCAAUUGCUUAAAAGGCAUAGAGUUAUUGGAGGAAGAGAACAUCCGGGUCGGCGUUCUGUUUGCUUCGAAGGCUUUGAUGCAACUUCUGGUCAACCCAUUCGUGGGACCUCUUACCAACAGGAUUGGAUAUCAUAUUCCCAUGUUUGCUGGCUUUGUUAUCUUGUUUCUCUCCACAGUUAUGUUUGCUUUUUCUGGCACCUAUGCCCUGCUGUUUGUAGCCCGAAUUCAAGGCAUUGGAUCUUCAUUUUCAUCUGUUGCAGGUCUUGGGAUGCUGGCCAGUGUCUACACUGAUGACUAUGAUAGAGGAAGAGCCAUGGGGAUUGCCCUGGGGGGCCUGGCUUUGGGAGUGCUAG